UGCAGCGGGCGGUGACGUGUAGGCGGGCGCCGGCUCCACCGCGUCCCUCCUCCCGGGUCUGUGGGUCUGUGUGUCUGGCUGUCUGGCUGUCUGGCUGUCUGGCUGAUUGUCCUUGCACGCGGUUCCUUGUGACUGAGCGCGACCCCGGCAAGCCCGGCGUGGAGAGCGGACUGGGCGCCCCGGCACUGCUGCCCACUGGCAUCUUUGGCCCUGCCCUCCGCUCCUCACCCAGUGUGGGAAGUUAAAGUAAAACCGAAACGGAAGGAGGCGCGGUGGCAGGAGCUGACAGAGUGAUGGGAAGCGCGUGAGCCGGCCUGAGAGUUUCAGGUUUCUUGUUGUAUGGAUCACUGAUUGAAUAAUAGAUGGCUUUACCUCGUCUCACAGGAGCCUUGCGUUCCUUUUCAAAUGUCACCAAGCAAGAUAAUUAUAAUGAAGAAGUGGCUGACUUAAAGAUAAAGCGAUCUAAACUUCAUGAACAAGUUUCAGAUUUGGGCUUGACAUGGAAGAAGAUAAUAACAUUUUUGAAUGAAAAACUGGAGAAGAGUAAAAUGCAAAGUAUAAAUGAAGACUUAAAAGAUAUACUACAUGCUGCAAAACAAAUAGUUGGAACUGAUAAUGGGAGAGAAGCAAUUGAAAGUGGGGCUGCAUUUCUCUUCAUGACAUUUCAUUUGAAGGACUGUGUUGGUCACAAGGAAACAAAGGCUAUCAAACAGAUGUUUGGCCCCUUUCCAUCGUCAUCUGCCACUGCAGCUUGUAAUGCUACUAAUCGAAUUAUUUCUCAUUUUAGUCAAGAUGAUCUUACUGCUCUUGUGCAGAUGACAGAAAAAGAACAUGGCGAUGGUUUUUUUUUUGGUAAAAAUUUAGUAUUUUCAUUUGACAUGCAUGAUUUGGACCACUUUGAUGAACUGCCAAUAAAUGGUGAAACUCAGAAAACUAUAAGCCUAGAUUAUAAGAAGUUUCUGAAUGAGCAUCUCCAGGAGGCUUGCACCCCAGCACUCAAGCCUGUGGAAAAAUCAAAUGGCUCCUUUUUGUGGUGUGAAGUUGAAAGGUACUUAAAUUCAACUUUGAAGGAAAUGACUGAAGUGCCAAGAGUAGAAGAUCUUUGCUGUACUUUAUAUGACAUGCUUGCUUCUAUUAAAAGUGGUGAUGAACUUCAGGAUGAGCUAUUUGAACUGCUGGGACCCGAAGGACUUGAACUUAUUGAGAAACUCCUCCAGAACAGAAUUACAAUUGUGGAUAGAUUUCUUAAUUCUUCAAAUGAUCAUAAGUUUCAGGCUCUUCAAGACAAUUGUAAAAAAAUUUUAGGAGAAAAUGCUAAACCCAAUUAUGGUUGUCAAGUCACUAUUCAGUCUGAACAAGAAAAGCAGUUAAUGAAACAAUAUCGCCGUGAAGAAAAAAGAAUUGCCAGACGUGAAAAAAAGGCUGGAGAAGAUUUAGAAGUUUCAGAAGGACUUAUGUGCUUUGAUCCUAAGGAAUUGCGGAUACAAAGAGAGCAGGCACUUCUGAAUGCUAGAAAUGUUCCAAUUCUGAACAGGCAGAGAGACGUAGACAUUGAAAAAAUACAUUAUCCUCAUGUGUAUGAUUCCCAGGCUCAAGCCAUGAAAACAUCAGCAUUUAUUGCUGGUGCAAAGAUGAUUUUGCCAGAAGGAAUCCAAAGAGAGAAUAACAAGCUUUAUGAAGAAGUAAGGAUUCCUUACAGCGAACCAAUGCCACUCAGCUUUGAGGAAAAGCCAGUUUAUAUCCAAGACUUAGAUGAGAUUGGACAGCUGGCUUUUAAAGGAAUGAAGAGACUCAAUAGAAUCCAGUCAAUAGUGUUUGAGACUGCCUACAACACCAAUGAGAACAUGCUGAUUUGUGCCCCUACAGGAGCUGGAAAAACCAAUAUUGCAAUGCUUACGGUCUUGCAUGAAAUUCGCCAGCAUUUUCAACAAGGUGUUAUCAAAAAGAAUGAAUUCAAGAUUGUAUAUGUUGCUCCAAUGAAAGCCUUGGCAGCUGAAAUGACAAAUUACUUCAGCAGACGUCUAGAACCGCUUGGCAUCAUUGUGAAAGAAUUGACUGGUGAUAUGCAGUUGUCAAAAAGUGAAAUUUUACGAACUCAGAUGCUUGUGACUACACCGGAAAAAUGGGAUGUAGUAACAAGAAAGAGUGUUGGGGAUGUAGCUCUUUCCCAGAUUGUAAAGCUCCUGAUUCUUGAUGAAGUUCAUUUGCUGCAUGAAGAUAGAGGACCAGUAUUAGAAAGCAUAGUUGCCCGUACUUUACGCCAGGUUGAAUCCACACAGAGUAUGAUAAGGAUUCUUGGACUGUCUGCAACUUUACCUAACUACCUUGAUGUUGCCACAUUUUUACAUGUUAAUCCAUACAUUGGACUUUUCUUCUUUGAUGGCCGUUUUCGACCAGUACCUCUUGGACAGACAUUUUUGGGGAUUAAAUGUGCAAAUAAGAUGCAGCAGUUGAAUAACAUGGAUGAAGUAUGUUAUGAAAAUGUUUUGAAGCAAGUAAAGGCUGGACACCAGGUGAUGGUGUUUGUACAUGCUCGAAAUGCCACCGUAAGAACAGCCAUGUCUCUAAUAGAAAAAGCAAAAAAUUGUGGCCAGAUUUCGUUCUUUUUUCCUACCCAAGGACAUGAAUAUGCACUUGCAGAAAAACAGGUACAAAGGUCGAGAAAUAAGCAAGUACGAGAAUUAUUCCCAGAUGGUUUUAGUAUUCAUCAUGCAGGAAUGCUUCGGCAGGACAGAAAUUUAGUUGAAAACUUGUUUUCUAAUGGGCAUAUCAAAGUCCUAGUUUGCACAGCUACGUUAGCCUGGGGUGUCAAUCUUCCUGCUCAUGCUGUUAUUAUUAAGGGAACACAAAUAUAUGCUGCAAAAAGAGGCUCCUUUGUUGACCUUGGAAUUUUAGAUGUCAUGCAGAUAUUUGGUCGAGCUGGACGACCACAAUUUGACAAAUUUGGGGAAGGAAUCAUUAUAACAACGCAUGAUAAACUCAGCCAUUACCUCACUUUGCUCACCCAACGAAACCCAAUUGAGAGUCAGUUUCUGGAAAGCCUUGCAGAUAACCUAAAUGCAGAGAUUGCUCUGGGAACAGUAACUAAUGUGGAAGAAGCAGUGAAGUGGAUAAGUUACACUUAUCUUUAUGUACGGAUGAGAGCAAAUCCAUUAGCAUAUGGCAUCAGUCACAAGGCUUAUCAGAUUGACCCAACAUUAAGAAAGCAUCGAGAGCAAUUGGUCAUUGAAGUUGGACGAAAACUAGACAAAGCUCAGAUGAUUCGUUUUGAGGAGCGAACUGGAUAUUUUUCCUCAACCGAUUUGGGUAGAACUGCCAGCCAUUACUAUAUUAAAUACAACACCAUUGAGACCUUUAAUGAACUCUUCGAUGCUCACAAAACAGAAGGUGAUAUCUUUGCUAUAGUCUCCAAAGCUGAAGAAUUUGAUCAAAUUAAGGUCAGAGAAGAGGAAAUAGAGGAGUUAGAUACCUUAUUAAGCAAUUUUUGUGAACUUUCUACUCCUGGAGGUGUAGAGAAUAGUUAUGGAAAAAUAAACAUCUUACUUCAAACCUAUAUCAGCCGAGGGGAAAUGGACAGUUUCUCCCUUAUAUCAGAUUCUGCAUAUGUUGCACAGAAUGCAGCUAGAAUUGUCCGUGCUCUUUUUGAAAUUGCUCUCAGGAAACGUUGGCCUGCCAUGACCUACAGGCUCCUGAAUCUUAGUAAAGUCAUUGACAAGAGGCUUUGGGGUUGGGCUAGCCCUUUGAGACAAUUUUCAGUUCUACCACCACAUAUCCUAACAAGAUUAGAAGAAAAAAAGCUUACUGUGGAUAAGCUGAAGGACAUGAGGAAAGAUGAAAUAGGUCACAUUUUGCAUCAUGUGAAUAUUGGACUGAAGGUCAAACAAUGUGUUCAUCAGAUUCCUUCUGUUAUGAUGGAAGCAUCCAUUCAGCCCAUCACAAGGACUGUCCUCCGAGUGACACUCAGCAUCUAUCCUGAUUUCACUUGGAAUGAUCAGGUACAUGGGACAGUGGGAGAACCCUGGUGGAUUUGGGUAGAAGAUCCUACAAAUGAUCAUAUUUAUCAUUCGGAGUAUUUUCUAGCUCUAAAAAAACAAGUCAUUAGUAAAGAAGCUCAACUACUGGUAUUUACAAUCCCUAUUUUUGAGCCUUUGCCUUCCCAAUACUACAUCCGUGCAGUGUCUGAUAGAUGGUUGGGUGCUGAGGCAGUAUGUAUUAUCAACUUUCAACAUCUAAUUCUACCAGAGAGACAUCCUCCCCAUACAGAAUUACUGGAUCUUCAGCCUUUACCGAUCACAGCUUUGGGAUGUAAAGCAUAUGAAGCCCUGUACAACUUCAGCCACUUUAACCCUGUGCAGACACAAAUAUUUCAUACACUGUAUCACACAGAUUGUAAUGUCCUACUUGGAGCACCUACUGGAUCGGGCAAGACUGUUGCAGCUGAAUUAGCCAUUUUCAGAGUCUUCAACAAAUACCCUACUUCAAAGGCGGUAUAUAUUGCACCCCUAAAAGCCCUGGUACGUGAAAGAAUGGAUGAUUGGAAAGUUAGAAUAGAAGAAAAACUUGGUAAAAAAGUUAUUGAACUAACAGGGGAUGUGACUCCUGAUAUGAAAUCCAUUGCCAAGGCUGACCUUAUUGUCACUACGCCAGAGAAGUGGGAUGGAGUCAGCAGAAGCUGGCAAAAUAGGAGCUAUGUUCAGCAAGUCACUAUUCUCAUCAUAGAUGAGAUCCAUCUUCUUGGGGAAGAAAGAGGCCCUGUUCUAGAGGUCAUUGUAUCUCGGACAAAUUUUAUCUCAUCACACACAGAAAAGCCUGUUAGAGUAGUUGGACUAUCUACUGCAUUAGCUAAUGCCAGAGACCUUGCUGACUGGCUCAAUAUUAAGCAGAUGGGCUUGUUUAACUUCCGACCGUCAGUACGCCCAGUUCCACUGGAAGUUCACAUUCAAGGCUUUCCAGGACAACAUUAUUGUCCUCGUAUGGCUAGUAUGAACAAGCCUGCAUUUCAGGCAAUUAGAAGCCAUUCUCCAGCCAAACCUGUUUUGAUAUUUGUCUCAUCAAGACGUCAAACUCGUCUUACUGCUUUAGAAUUGAUAGCCUUCCUGGCUACUGAAGAAGACCCAAAGCAGUGGUUGAAUAUGGAUGAAAGAGAGAUGGAGAACAUCAUUGCAACAGUAAGAGAUUCCAACCUCAAGUUGACACUUGCUUUUGGAAUAGGAAUGCAUCAUGCUGGACUACAUGAGAGGGACCGAAAAACAGUAGAGGAACUAUUUGUAAACUGCAAAGUUCAGGUUCUUAUUGCUACAAGCACAUUAGCCUGGGGUGUAAACUUUCCAGCUCAUUUAGUAAUUAUUAAGGGAACAGAAUACUAUGACGGAAAAACAAGACGUUACGUGGAUUUUCCCAUUACAGAUGUCCUCCAGAUGAUGGGCCGUGCUGGGAGGCCACAGUUUGAUGACCAAGGCAAAGCUGUAAUUCUGGUUCAUGACAUAAAGAAAGACUUUUAUAAAAAAUUUCUUUAUGAACCUUUCCCAGUAGAAUCAAGUUUAUUAGGAGUGCUCUCUGACCACUUAAAUGCAGAGAUUGCUGGGGGUACAAUUACAUCUAAGCAAGAUGCAAUGGAUUAUAUCACCUGGACUUACUUUUUCCGACGUCUUAUCAUGAAUCCCAGCUACUACAAUUUGGGUGAUGUGAGCCAUGAUUCUGUGAACAAGUUUCUGUCCCAUCUGAUUGAGAAGUCCCUGAUUGAAUUGGAACAUUCCUACUGUAUUGAAAUUGGAGAGGAUAAUCGCAGCAUUGAACCUCUGACUUAUGGCCGAAUUGCCUCCUAUUACUAUUUGAAGCAUCAAACAGUUAAAAUGUUCAAGGACCGUUUAAAGCCUGAAUGCAGUACUGAAGAAUUGCUUUCAAUUCUAAGUUGAAGAAGGAAGAAAAGAGAGAAAGGAAAGAAUCAGUUAAGGCCUCAAAAUAACUACUGAAUGCAACUAAAAUCAGGGAAAAAACAAAAGAUGAAUAGAUUGUCAUUUGAGACCAGCACCAAGGUGAUGUGGGUGAUACCAGACUGAAACUUAAAAGCAGAGUUUUUGUUGUUUUUUUUUUUUUAAAUCAUGGACUUGAAAUAUGAUGUGAUGGUUAUUUAAAAUAUUUUUGUUAAUGAAGUUUCUACAUAUAUAACAUAUAUGGAUUUCAGAAUUCAAGGAAUUUUAACACAAUACAUUUAGACCCAUGUUAAAAUCUAUAUGUGUGUGUGUUUAUGGGUUUCUUUGCUGAUUCAGAAGACCUCUAAGGAUCUUUCAGAGUCCUGAGUCUAUCAUUAUAAAUAUCAGCAUAUUAUGGAUAUAUUAAAAUGCUAGAAAGCUCAUUAAUAUGGAGCUGAUAGAGUCACGUUAAAUGCAAUUUUGCUAUUUAUAGACCAAAGCAAUGGUUUUUUUUUUCUUUUCGGAGAAGACAAAAAUCCACAGAUAACCAUCACAUCAGUGUAUCAAUGAAGUAAAGCCACUGACUAAACAGUCUUCUUUUAUAAAACAAGUUGUUGGUUGCUGUAUUUGAGAAUUCAGAAAUGUAUAUGUACCUGAUGUAUCCUCAUAUCACACUCGAGAAGUUUACUAUCUAAUGAAUCAGCCCCAUAUAUGCAUAUCAAACUUAAGAGCUGUACCUUAUAACCCCUCAUCAUGUACAUACUUUGUUUUCCAAUGUGAAAAGCACCAAGGAAAUGCAAACUAAAUUGAGGAACUGGGUUAAUUUAGCUUACAGAAUGUGCUUGCCGUGUGUGUGUGUGUGUGUGUGUGUGUGUGUGUGUGUGUGUGUGUGUGUUUCUCUAAGAUGUUUUGGGGUUUGACUAUGACUUUAGCCGUAAGAAUGCAUGUUUGCUUUCUCUUGAUUCACACAGAGCAGAUGGAUGCUUGACUGCCUGCUAAUCCACAGCUGGAAUGGUUUCAGCAGUUUCCACGUUGCUGGGUUAGAGUGGCUUUUCUAGUGGACUGAGAGGGCAGCAAAAGAGGGAUAUCAUUAUUCAUCAGUAUCCCAGUGGGAGUGCUGCCAGCAGAGAUUAAUUUUUUCUGUUAUGCUUGUAAAACAAGCUCAGGUGGAGUCUCUAAUCCUCGGGGCACGGGUGGCAGAUCAAGGAAGAUGCUACAAAGCUAGUUAAUUUUCUGAUUCUGGGGGAAGCAGAAGCUCUGUUAGAUGUAUAAAUACAUGAUUGCAAAUUUAAGUAGCUCAAAUCCAAAUGGGAUCUUCCCCGACAUCUGGUACUGAAAAUCUCUAUUUUUCUUUGUUGUCUUUAAAUAUAACUUUUUGAAAGUUUACCCUGGAGCCGAAAUGUUGAUAGCUCUAAAUAUUGGAAUAAUUUUAUGAAAUAAUAACUUCAAAUAUCUGAAUUUUGCAAACAUGAACUAAAGCAAAAACUUUAUACCUAAACAGUCGCUAAGUUAGAUGUCCAAAGUACAUCCACUUAACAUACAUUACCAGAAAGAUAUAGCAUUAGCUAUUUGAUUAAUAGGUGUCAUUUUGUUUUCUAAGGCAUAACCAUUCUAUUUUUAAUGGUUUUAUUUUUAUUAUCCCAAUUUAAGAUUUCCAUGUGACACCUGUUUCCAACAUCUUAUUCUAUGAUCUAUCAAUAUGUUUAUCUUUUUGAGCAAUGAAUAUGGGUUUCAAAAUAGAAUUAAGUGAUGGUUUUAACAAAUGUAAAAACAUUUUUGUUUUAAUGGAGUCUGGCUCUGUCACCCAGGUUGGAGUAC